UGGCCGAGAAGCGUGCAGAGCUGUCAGCCUGCCCAGGAGGGCUGCGCGGGCCAUCGGCGGUGUGCCGCGCGCCGGAGGACACUGCUAGGGCGCCUGCUGUGCGCGCUGGACGGUGUGGGGACCCAGCGACCAGCAGGGCCGGCGAAAUCCAAGGCUGAUGCCCAGCGAUGGCACCCCCAUCGGAAGGUGGCACUGAUGCCCUGCUCCCAGAUCUCCCCAAGGGGCCCCUGCAGGCCUACCGCGCCCGCGCCUCCUUCUGCUGGCAGGAGCUGGUGCUGUUCCUGGAAGGCGAGGACAUGCUGCGCCUGAAGAAGGCCAUCUUCUCAGCUUUGGAGAAUGACCCGCUCUUCGCUCAUUCGCAUGGGGAAGAUCUCUCCCUGGAGAGGUACCGGGAGCUGAGCUUCCUCCGCUGCAAGCGGGUCAUGGAGUACAGCCUCCUCCCCGUGGAAGAGAUGGUAGCCAGGCCUCUGUCGGUCCAGACGCUCAUCGCCUGUCUGGGCAUGUAUGACUGGUCCCUGGCUGUCAAGUUCUUGCUGCACAUGCUGACUUUUGGAUCAGCGAUUUACAGCUCUGGUUCUGAAAGACAUUUAAAAUACCUUCCAAAGAUCUUCAACAUGGACAUUUUUGGAUGCUUUGCGGUGACUGAACUCAGUCACGGGAGUAACGCCAAGGCCAUCCGAACAACUGCUCACUACGACCCCACCACCGAGGAAUUCGUCAUACACUCUCCUGACUUCGAAGCUGCCAAAUUCUGGGUUGGCAACAUGGGCAAGACAGCUACCCAUGCCGUGGUGUUUGCUCAGCUGUACACGCCGGGGGGGCAGUGCCACGGCCCGCACUCCUUCGUGGUGCAGAUUCGGAACCCCAAGACCCUUCUUCCCAUGCCAGGGGUGAUGGUUGGUGACAUCGGGAAGAAGCUGGGGCUGAACGGUGUGGACAACGGAUUUGCCAUGUUCCACAAGGUUCGAAUUCCUCGCCAAGACCUCCUGAACCGGAUUGGAGACGUCACCCCUGAGGGUACCUACGUCACCCCCUUUAAGGACGACCGGCAGCGCUUCGGAGCGUCCCUGGGCACCUUGUCCUUGGGCCGGGUCGCCAUUGUGGGCAUGGCCAUCGUGAACUUAAAGCUGGCCGUCUCCAUCGCGCUUCGUUUCUCAGCCACUCGGUGUCAGUUUGGGCCCUCGGACGGGGAGGAGGUACGAGUGCUGGAGUAUCAGACGCAGCAAUGGCGCUUGCUUCCCUAUCUGGCCGCCGCCUAUGCCUUAGACCACUUCUCCAAAUCGCUCUUCCUGGACUUGGCAGAGCUGCAGCAAGGCCUCAUGGGGACAGACCAAGGCGCCAGGCAGGCAGAGCUCGGACGUGAGAUCCACGCCUUGGCAUCGGCGGGCAAGCCCCUGGCCUCGUGGACCGCCCAGCGGGGAAUUCAGGAAUGCCGGGAGGCGUGCGGAGGACAUGGCUAUCUGGCCGUGAACCGCCUGGGUGACCUCAGGAACGACAACGACCCCAACUGCACGUAUGAGGGGGACAACAACAUCCUGCUGCAGCAGACCAGCAGCUAUCUGCUCAGCCUGCUGGCACGCCACGUCCAAGGUGGCGCUCACUUCCAGAGCCCUCUGAGGACUUUGGACUUCCUGCAAGCCUAUCCCGAUAUCCUUGGCCAGAGGUUCACAUGCCCCGGCGUCGACAGCUGCCUGGACUCCUCAGUUCCCCUGGCGGCUUACGAGUGGUUGGUUUGUUACCUGCUCCGCGAGAGUUAUCAGAAAUUAAAUCAAGAGAAAAGAUCAGGAAGCAAUGACUUUGAAGCAAGAAACAACAGUCAGGUAUACCACUGCCAUCCCUUGGCCCUGGCGUUCCUGGAGCUCACGGUGGUGCGGAGGUUCCACGAGUACACGCACCAGCCCCACGUGCCGCCCCCGCUGCGGGCCGUGCUGGGGCGGCUCAGUGCCCUCUAUGCCCUGUGGUCCCUGAGCCAGCACACGGCCCUGCUCUACCAAGGUGGCUACUUUUCUGGUGAGCAAGCAGGUAAAAUGAUCCAGAACGCCAUCCUGGACCUGUGCUCACAGCUGAAAGAUGAUGCGGUUGCCCUGGUGGACGUGAUCGCCCCUCCCGACUUUGUCCUGAACUCCCCGAUUGGCAGAGCCGACGGUGAGGCCUCCCCACCACAGGGCCUUUGUACCUGCUGUCCCUCUGCCUGGAGCACUUCCACAUUGCACCUGAGCAGAACGCUGCCUCUCAGCCCUUCCCUGGCCUCCAGCCCAAGUGUCGCCCCCAGGCAGAUGCCCCCACUUUGUCCUGCCAUGGGACCGUUGCUAUGCUCGUUCCUGAGCCCACUCCUAUCCCGCGUGCUGCGGGAUGCUCACGGGUCUGCUCAGUGCCUUCCAGGAGUGCACCACCUACAGCUUGUUGUUGCAGUGUUACCGCUCGCCUGAGGUCUCACAGACCGGGACCCCACCUGACCCCGACCCCCAAGGCCAUGUUCUUUGUGCUGAAACACCUGCUUUCAACUCAGGCUCUGUUUCAGUGGAGACUGAACGUAAGGGGGCAGGAGCCCUCCAUGUGUGCUCAGGGGAACAGACUUCUCCAGGGAAGCGAGCAGGUGCCCUGGCUGUGGCCUGGCCCAGGCCACACCUGGGGUUGGGAUGGUGUACUGGGCCCUGGGGUGGGCAGGAUAGAAGUCCCCAGGCCGGUGUGGGGACAGUAACAUCUUUAGAGGCCCGCUGUCCUCUAGCUCCCUCCCACAUGGUGUCUGUUACACAGCCGCUUUGCCAGGGAGAAACCCGACAUCCAGAGAAGCCAGGUGGCCUGCCCACAGCUGCCCAGCCAGGAUGUGGGUAGAGAUUUACCACCUGGAGAGAAGACAGGAGACCGGACCUCAGUCCCCAGUGUGGCCCGGGCCCCAGUGGGUGCACGCAGGAGGACAUGCCAGUAAGGCAGGGGGCUGAGGCUGACCUGCCCAUGGGGGCACUUACCAGGCAUCCGGCUGACAUGCACUUGAGGAGGACCUGGACAUGGCAUCAUGAGAGGCCCUGAGUCCCCGGGAGUGUUAGCGGGUGCAGGAGCCAGGGCGGCCGGCUCACUGCCCUGCAGAGACAGCCCAGCCCCCGGGCCGAAGAGUGGCUGGUGCGCAGGAGCCUGUCCCUGAGCUGCAGGCUCUUUCUGGCUCUGGAUUCCACCGUGGAAUCCCGAGGCCUCACCUGACAGGCAGGUGUAUACGGCACACAUUGUAACCAGGGGCUGCUAGGUGAGAAGUGCAUUUUAAGUGAACAGACCCGGCUGCCAGAGCUUAUUUAAGAUGAUCAUUCCAUGAAGCAUCAUGUUCCAAAUUGCCAUAUGUGACCUGUGCGGAGAGAGCGAGGCUGAGUGUCCCUGGGGGAGCAAGCAGAGCAUUUGGAGGGGCCCAGGAGUGCACUCAGCAGGUGCAGGGACACUGGCUUCUUCAAAGUAAGGAGCAGCUGACUGGCUCCGUGGUCGAGCAUGCGACUCUUGACCUCAGGUUGAGUUCGAGCCCCAUGUUGGGUGUGGAGCCUACUUAAAAAAAAAAAAAGAGUAAAGUUUGUCAAGGCCAGCCCGGUACAUAGGAGGCCCCUUCCCUGGCUCUGUGGACUGGAGACCUGUCAGCCUGGGCGCCAUGUUUGGGGUGGAUGAAGAACCAGUCAGCAGCUCCUGCAAUGUGCAUGGCCUUCCUCCAGGAUAGACACUGCUCUGCUUUCCCCACUGGGCAGCCCGGCGGAAGGGGUUUGCUGUGAGCAUGCUGGAGGAGGUCGCCCACUGGCCCAGACGUGCAGGCGGACGGGGCCCGUGUGCAGGCACCCCCCCAGCUGCGCAGGGGAGGGAGCACAUGUCAGAGCAGACAGCUAGCGCUCACCUGCAGAACCCUGUGGGCCUCCCCCUACGAGAGUUCCCAGAGAAAAGGACACGUACAAAGCUGUCACCCUAAGCGUGUUUUAAAGUAUUACGUGUUUCCAGUUGUUUUCUGUGAGAAAAAAAGAUGGAUGUAAAUUAAAUCAUCUUAAAAUUUUCUAAAAAGUGACCAGAGGAUUUUCUGUGUUUUCAGCAAAAGCAUAUGAGGGGAUCUGUGUCUGUCCCCUCGGCUGUGUGAGGAACCUUGUUUAUUAUUCAUGUAUGUGUUUAUU